AAAACACUGACCACUGGAUUAUGAGAGACCUCCAUCCAAUGGCUGGUGUUUUGCAGCCUUUCUUUACUAUGUCUAUCACUUUAAGAUGUUUUUUAUUUUUGUAAAUGGUUACCUCUUUCGUAUUAGUCCUUGAGAAAAUAACCAAAGGCAUUUGAUGGCUUUCUUUACAGCUUUGGGAGGUGUAAACCUGAAGGAACUGUUGGAAGAUGCUACUGAUGAAGGAGGCAAGCAGUUGCUGGAUUUUAAUGAUACAAUGGGUGACAGGAUUCAGGUCUUUCUUGAAUGAUUCCAUUGUAAUUUGGCCUUAAAAUCCUAUAGCUAUAGCAAAGGUAUUUGCUUGGGGAUUUUGCAUCAGAACAAACUAGAGAUGAGUAAUCCUGAAGGUUUCAAGUUGCCCUACUUGUUCUGGCCAAAGAUAUUAAGGCUGGGAUGUUAUAUGGAUGACUUCUUAAGGUUCACCCUCUGGUAUGUGGGAUGUUAUAUGAAUGACUUCCUGAAUCAACAGUUUAUGCCAUUAAGACAAGAAAUUUCUUGUUCUUAAUUACCAAAAUGAACCCAACAAACUAAUCACGUUGUGUUCCACAAUGUUAUAUGAAUGACUUUUUGAAGCAACAGUUUAUGCCU